CAAUCAGGGAUCUUGGCCGUUCAUUAAGGCUUGGAGUGGGUUUCGUUGAGGGUGAAAUAGCGAAAAGAAGAUGACAUUUAGAGCACAAAAAUAGGAAAGGGAGAUAAGGAGAAGAGAGCGGAGAGAGAGAGGGGGGCAGAGGGAAAGAAGAGAAAAGCUAAAAUCUUUCAAGUCUGAGUCUGACAGAUUGUUUCAACACAAGAUCUUUGAAAAAUUAUCGAGAUCGGAUUCUCGCCGGAAUCAGUCACCGGAGUUCAUUUCUGGGCGAAUUAUGGUAGAUUUGAGACGAUUGACUGAGGAGUGAUGCGAUUAGUCUUGUUUCUAUAUCAACUAAUUCGUUAUCUGCAAAAGGAGUUGAUUUACGAAGAUGGAUAGAACCAGAGAAGCGAGGAGAGCCACUAUGGCUGCCGUUUCCGCCACACAUGGCCUUUCACGGCGGCGGCAUAGAAGUAGCUCUGUUAGAGACUCCCCAGAGGAUGAUGGGCCGGUGGAGUUUCAAGAAACGACGCGUUUAAGAGAUCGGAAGAAGGAUCGAGAUCGAGAAAGGGAAAGGGAAAGAGAACGAGAUAGAGAGCGAGAUAUAGAAAGAGAAAGAGAAAGAGAUCGCUUUAGUAGAACGAGUAAGAGAAGAAGAGGCGAUAGAUUGAUAAGUAACAGAGAAGACGGGGCCGAUGAAAGUUCUGAAGAAAGUGUGAACGACGAUGAAGAUGAUGACGACGAAGACGGAGGGGGAAUACCUGGAGGAGGUUCUGUUCGGAUGAUUCCGCCGAACAACAUGGCCGGGUCUUUGUCGAUUCAUCAUCAACAGCAGCAGCAUCAACAUCGGAAGAGUUUUCCACUACCCGUGAAAGUCAUUAGAACGAUACCGCCUUCGGGGCCUGUUCUGACUACCAGCACAAGUACCUCGUCUACGUGGAAGGCAGCCGAUGAGAUGAUUGGCGUGUCGGUGCCUAGAAAAGCUCGGUCAGCUUCUACUAAAAGGUCUCAUGAAUGGGCAUCAAGUGGCGGUGGUGUUGGUUUAGUAGGCGGAGAUCAGAUUCACCGUCAAGCUUCAACUUCGCCGGUGAGAACAGGUGUAGCUGGGAUGAUAACAUCACCGUCUCCGGCUCCAGCCUCUCCAUCUUCUUCCAAUGCUACUAUGAGGAAGAAGAUGGUCAGUUUUCUGAAUUUUUUUUUCUUUGUUUUUGGCUCUUUUUUUGUUAAAUCUAGUGACAAAGAUUUGGUUUUUGACGUGAAGGCUAACGGACCAAAGCAAAGGCCACCCAAAUCUUCGUCGAAAUCCUCAUCUUCAGCUCAGGAAGAGAUAGAGAUGGAGAUUGCGGAGGUCUUAUAUGGUUUGAUGAGGCAGCCACAAGUCCCAUCGAAGCAAGAUACAAAUGGGAAUGAUUCGGUCAAGUUCGAUUCACGAGAAGUUAAUAAACACAAUCUUGAUUCUAAAUCAAGAGUCUCUUCACCGAUCUCCUACUCCCCGUCAACCCUUCCUCAACCAUCUUCCAAUAUACCUUCAAAUUCUAACUCUUCUGCUACUCCUAUGUCUGCAAUUGCUCCCAAGAGGAAAAGACCAAGACCGGUGAAGUACGAGGAUGAAACUACUGCGGUAGCACCACCUCCUAUAUUCUCUGUUUCGAACAAUUCAAUUUCAUCUACAACUAAGGUUGAAAUUGAUCAACCCGCUAAAAUUGAAGCUACCUCCAUGGCUGAAAUUGAUGGUACUUAUUUGAUGAAUUCUUCUCAAGCUGGACCAGCUUCUGCAGAGCUCGUUCAGGCUGAACCAAAGAAGGAAGAGAAGAACAAUUUGGUACCAGAUUCUAAGCCUUUGACUGAAGAAUCUGAGAUUAGAGACGUGGGUAUCUGUAAAAAAGAGGAGUUUCAAUCGCCAAUGAAGGAAACUUUACCUUCUCCUGCUAAUAAUCCCUCUAUUGCUGGUCCCAGAUUGGAUGAUGAGCGUGAGACUGUGACAAAAGCGAAUUCAACAGUUGGUGAGGUCGAGAGUCAGCGGGAAGUGAAGUUCCAGAUAGAUCUGAUGGCUCUUCCUCCAUCUAGAUCAUCACCAGAGAGGGAUGAUGAGAUUGAUUUUGGGGUUUCAGAUCCUAAACCAUUGCCCACAGAUAUGGAAUUGGAGAUGAAGUCUACGGUUAAGGAAGAUGAUAAAAGAGUGAAUGUCGGAAAUGAAGAUGUGAAUGUGGAAGCCGAGGAUAAUAAGAAGGCCAAACUGACUGCUGAAGAAACUGAAUCGCAUAAUCCAGUUAUAAAGAGUGAAAUGAAUGCUCAUCUAAAGCUUGAUUUGGAGAAAUCUGAUAGAGAUAGUGGCACAGGUAGUGUCGGUGUGAGCAAGUUCAAACACAAUGUUCUAAAGCAGGAGCAACAGCAGCCCGAUAAAGAGAAAUCUGCACAAUCUUGUGCUUUACCUUUGCCGAUGUCAUUGGCUAGCUGGCCUGGUGGAGUUCCUCCAAUGGGAUACAUGGCUCCUCUGCAAGGUGUUGUAUCCGUGGAUGGGAGCGCUGUAUCUUCAGCAUCUAUUCAGUCUCCACAUUUGCUGUUUACUCAACCAAGGCCAAAGAGAUCUGCAACCCAUUGCUACAUUGCUCGGAAUGUACACUGUCACCAGCAAUUCAUGAAGAUGAAUCCUUUCUGGCCCACGGCACCUGGUUCAGCUUCACUCUAUGGUCUGAAGGCAAAUCUAAAUGUUGUGCCUGCUUCGGAAUUGAAUGGGAACAUUCCUGGGAGAGCUGUGAGUUCUGUACAAGACAAGGGGCAGACUCUUGCAAUUUUCCCUGGUCAUGGUGGCAAAGAUAAAAGUUCACAGGCUGCUACCAACAUGGUGGAUUCUGCACAGAGAAAGCAAAUGCUGCUCCAGCAAGCUCUACCUCCUGGGGCACCCAGUAAUAUCCUGCAUGGCCCUGCUUUUAUUUUCCCAUUGAGCCAGCAACAGGCUGCUGCUGGGACUGUCCGACCUGGGUCUGUGAAAUCUCCUGGUGCUGGCAGCACAACUUUGAGCUCGUCUAAUUCUGCCUCAGUGAGUGCCGCCCCUGCUGGUGCAACUGCCGCCCCUGCAAUGAGCUUCAACUAUGUGAAUAUGCCUAGCAACGAAACCCAGUACUUGGCAGUUCUGCAGAAUAAUGCAUAUCCGUUUCCAUUUCCUGCACAUGUUGGGGCACCACCUGCAUAUCGAGGGAAUCAUGCGCAGCCUAUGCCUUUUAUUCCUGGAUCUUUCUAUUCUUCCCAAAUGGUUCACCCAACACAGCUUCAGCAGCAGCAACAGCCACCUACACAGUUACAGCAAAUCCAACAAGGUCAUCAGAACACUAACAUGUCUAUUGGUGCAUCAUCCUCCCAGAAGCAUUUGCAGAACCUGCAGCAGAGGCCUCAUGGAAGUGGUGGUAGUGGCAGUGGAACCUUGCAAGGCUUUCCUGCCCCCAAAAACCAGUCGUCUCAUCCCUUGCCACUACAGCAGCGGCAGCAACAACCAAGUCAGCAUGCUUCUUAUCAAGCCCGGCACCUUGAAGGUGAAUUAAGUGGCAAAGAUAGCCCAUCAACUUCUGACAGCCGAGUAUCUCGUGCAAAUAUGAAUAUUUAUGGUCAGAAUUUUGCCAUGCCUUUACAACCUCCUAAUUUCACCUUGAUGACUGCUGCAUCAUUGGGUGGUUCCACCAGUUCUGGCUGUAACCAGGGGGAAAAGAAACAACAUAUCCAACAGUCAGGUUCAAAGGCUGGAGUUGAGUCUCUUACAUCUCAGUCAUUUGCCAUGUCGAUUGCCUCCAUUAAUGGUACUACUACUCCUGGCGUUGAUAUUUCCUCCUUUGGACGAGAUCAUGCAAUUCUUCAAAGCCUUCGGGAGAGUUCAAGGCAAGGCAUCAUGGCAGCUGCUGUAGCUGCCCAAACAGCCCAACAGAAGAAGAAUAAUUAUAUUGCUUCCGAAGAAGGGAAUCAUGGAACUAAUGAUGCAUCUAGUGUGGAAGAAGGAAGGAAUGCCAUGGCAGGAAAGAGUUCAGCUACUGCUGGGCAGUCCAUUGCCUUCACCAGGUCGGAUCUGUCUGAUUCGUCUGUUUCCACUAUUCCUGGCAGCAAUGUUAUUGAUAGUUCUGCCCGUACAACUAAUCUUGGCUCUGCUCCCAGAACUUCAGGUUCUGUUAUGCCUGCUUCAAUCAGUUGUGUAAAUGCUCCUAGUGGUCGGCAGCAACUUCAGCGGAAUCAACAGCAGCAGCAACAGCAGAUGCUUCAGCUUCAGAAGCCGCACCAAUUUGGGGCUGCUUCUGCUUCUCGAAGCAAGGUGCCGGUGACAAGUAAUGGAAAUGCUUAUUCUGAUCACCUUCCUUCAUCUUCUAUGGCUACAAAAUUCCAAAAUGCCCUGUCUCCUUUCCCUCAAAAUCUUGUGCAAACCAGCAGCAGUCCAGCUCAAUCUCCUCAAUGGAAGAAUUCUGUAAGGACAACUGGCUCUCAAGCUUCUUCUCCAUCUCUAUCUUCAACUUCAUCAAGCCUAAAAAAUAUUUCCCAGCAACAAGCCCGGCCGCAGCAAAACCACACAGAGAUUUCUUUCACAGCUAAUCCUAACUCAACACAAAAUCAACAGCCUCCUAGUAGCACCCCAUCCCCCUCUACUCCGAUGGUGGUUGGCUCUCCAACAACUUCAAUCUCCAGAAGUGCUGGUGGUAGUCCCAGGACAACAGGUUCCACUUCUACUGGCAACAAAGGUUGUCAAGCAUCUAGUUUAUCAUCUCAGCUGACCAAGAACUCACCAUCAUUGCCUAGUCAGAUAUCAUCUCCUGUUGGUGGGAGGAGUGUGCCAUCAGUCCUGGGAAACCCCCAUUUAAGUUCAUCUUCAAGUAUGGGGACGAAGCCCCAAUCAGUGCUACAUCAACAGCAGCAGCAAAAGCAUGCACUACAUCAAGCGCAACUGUUCUUCUCAAAUGCUUACAUUCAGGCCCAAGCUCAACACUCACCAACCACAACAGCUGCAAAUGGGUUCUUUCUUCAAAGACACCGUAAUGAGCAACAGCAGGCACUGCCUUCAGGAUCAUCAACUUCAACGUCAGUGUUGUCAUUGUGUUCUCCAGUUACUCCUGCUAAUACUGGCACCACUGACCCUGCAAAGGCUGUAGUUGCUGCUGCUGGUAAUAUGAAAGGUGGUGGCAUAGCAUCACAGGGACUUAUACAUGCUGCACAAUUUGCAACCACACAGUCAUCUGGAAAGCCAUAUCAGCUUGUUCCAGGUUUCCCAUCCGUUCAUGCUGUUCCUGCUGCUGUUCAGGUGAAACCAGCAGAGCAAAAACAACCUGCUGUUCCUUGUUGAUUGUGCUUAUCGUAUCAUCCAAGACACUUGUGCUCAUAAACUUUCUUGACAAGGUUGAUCAUUGUUCAGUCUAAUUAAACUAGAAUGGUUUGAUGGGCGAAAGAUGGAGAAAUAGGUUGUCAACAAUGUUUUUGUAGGGCAAAUGAAGAUGGUGUAGGGGAAUAGGGCUCCAGGAAAAGCACGGAAGUGGAACACCUACUUUUCCGUCUCGUGGCAGUAAUGGAGGUUCUUUUUCUUAUAUAAUUUUAUUUCCUUUUUAUCUUUGAAUUUGGGAUUUUGAAAUUUCCAGAAUAGAUCAGUAAACAAAUCUUUUGACAUAAUAUAUGCAACUGAAGGGUGUAUAUGUAUAUGUGUUUCACAGGCACAUUUAAGAGUAAUCCUCUUCAUUUUUUCUAUUCA